CUUCAUAUUUAAUUCUUGCUGUCUUAUAAUUGAUUGCAUAGACUAGGCUAAUUUUCACCUCAGAAGCACAUAUACCAGCUUCUUCCGUCUAAGUUCUGGGAUUAAAGGCAUGAACCGAAAUACCCAGCUUACAAAUUUUCUUUGUAGUCAACAAAUGUUCAUACAAUUUCUCUGAUGUAUGCUCAGUACUCAGAAGUGUUUGCUUGUCUCUCUAUCUCUGUUAAUAGGCAUUUUUCUUGCAAGGUGAUAUCCUGUUCAAAGCAUUCAGAAAUAAUAGAGAAUACAGUGACAUAUAACGAUGUGCAUGUUGACAUCACACAUGAAGAAUGGGCUUUAUUGGAUCCAUCACAAAGGAAUCUCUACAAAGAUGUGAUGCUGGAGACAUAUAUGAACCUCACUGCUAUAGGCUACAAUUGGGAAGAUCUUGAAGUUGAAGAACAUUGUCAAAGUUCUCAAAAACUUGGAAGGCAUGAAAGAACACAUACUGGAGUGAAAGCAUACAAUUGUAAUCAGUGUGGUAAAGCCUUUGCUCAUCAUAGGGAUCUUCAAUUGCAUGAAAGAACACAUACUGGAGAGAAACCCUAUGAAUGUAAACAUUGUGGUAAAGCCUUUGAUCGACACAGUGCUCUUCAACGACAUGUAAGAACACAUACUGGAGAGAAACCCUUUGAAUGUAAUCAGUGUGGUAAAGCUUUUUCUCGAAACAGUCAUCUUCAAAGGCAUGAAAGAACACAUACUGGAGAGAAACCCUAUGAAUGUGAUCAGUGUGGUAAAGCCUUUGCUCAUCACUAUUAUCUUCAAAUGCAUGAAAGAGCACAUACUGGAGAGAAACCCUAUGAAUGUAAUCAUUGUGGUAAAGCCUUUGCUCGACACAGUGCUCUUCGAUUACAUGUAAGAACACAUACUGGAGAGAAACCCUUUGAAUGUAAUCAGUGUGGUAAAGCCUUUGCUCGACACAGUGCUCUUCGAUUACAUGUGAGAACACAUACUGGAGAGAAACCCUUAAAAUGUAAUCAGUGUGGUAAAGCCUUUGCUCAUCACUAUUCUCUUCGAUUUCAUGUAAGAACACAUACUGGAGAGAAACCCUUUGAAUGUAAUCAGUGUGGUAAAGCCUUUGCUCAUCACUAUUCUCUUCGAUUACAUGUAAGAACACAUACUGGAGAGAAACCCUUUGAAUGUAAUCAGUGUGGUAAAGCCUUUGCUCAUCACUAUUAUCUUCAAAUGCAUGAAAGAGCACAUACUGGAGAGAAACCCUAUGAAUGUAAUCAUUGUGGUAAAGCCUUUGCUCGACACAGUGCUCUUCGAUUACAUGUAAGAACACAUACUGGAGAGAAACCCUUUGAAUGUAAUCAAUGUGGUAAAGCUUUUUCUCAAAACAGUCAUCUUCAAAGGCAUGAAAGAACACAUACUGGAGAGAAACCCUAUGAAUGUAAUCAUUGUGGUAAAGCCUUUGCUCAUCAUAGGGAUCUUCGGUUGCAUGAAGUAAGGCAUACUGGAGAAAAACCCUAUGAAUGUAAUCAAUGUGGUAAAGCCUUUGCUCAUCACAAAUCUCUUCAAUUGCAUGAAAGAACACAUACUGGAGAGAAACCCUAUGAAUGUAAUCAGUGUGGUAAAGCUUUUUCUCGAAACAGUCAUCUUCAAAGGCAUGAAAGAACACACACUGGAGAGAAACCCUAUGAAUGUAAUCAGUGUGGUAAAGCCUUUGCUCAACACAGUGCUCUUCGAUUACAUGUGAGAACACAUACUGGAGAGAAACCCUUUAAAUGUAAUCAGUGUGGUAAAGCCUUUGCUCAUCACUAUUAUCUUCAAAUGCAUGAAAGAGCACAUACUGGAGAGAAACCCUAUGAAUGUAAUCAGUGUGGUAAAGCCUUUGUUUGUCACUCUGGUCUUCAAAGGCAUGAAAGAACACAUACUGGAGUGAAACCAUACAAUUGUAAUCAGUGUGGUAAAGCCUUUGCUCAUCACUAUUCUCUUCAGUUGCAUGAAAGAACACAUACUGGAGAGAAACCCUAUGAAUGUAAUCAGUGUGGUAAAGCCUUUGCUUAUCACUCUGGUCUUCGAAGGCAUGAAAGAACACAUGCAUACUGGAGUGAAACCACACAAUUGUAAUCAAUGUGGUAAAUCCUUUGCUAGUCAUAGUGUUCUUCAGUUGCAUGAAGUAAGGCACACUGGAGAGAAACCCUAUGAAUGUAAUCAUUGUGGUAAAGCCUUUGCUUGACACAGUGCUCUUCAAUUUCAUGAAAGAACACAUAACUGAGAGAAACACUAUGAAUUUGAACAGUGGGGAAUAGCCUUUGCACAGCCCAGUCAUCUUCACGUAUAUAUAAAACACAUACUGGAGAGAAACCCUAUGAAUAUAAUCAAUGUUGCACUGCCUAUUCAAAACACAGAGCAACUCUGUAAAUGUAAAACUUUUAGCAUAUAAUAGGUCUCUUAAAGUCUUUGAAUAUAACAGUAGACUUUGAGGAUAUGAAAAAAACCCAUAGCAAAGGAAAUCUG